AUGAUCCCGCGAUCAAUACUGCGAGAGACAUUGAUCGUGGAGCAGAUCUCGAGGUCUCCCCAUCCUGUUUUCAUCCGAUACUUAGGCUGCCGGGUGCGGCGAAAUCGGAUCACGGCCAUCUGGUUUGAACGACAUGAAAUCACGUUGAAAGACUAUGUCGAGACGCCCGGUUUUGAGAAUUUAGACAAGGACAAGUAUAUGGAUAGUAUUGAUUCGGCUGCGUAUCAUUUGCAUUCCCUGGGGCUUGCUCACAAUGAUAUCAACCCUAGCAACAUCAUGGUCAAGGAUGAUAUGCUGCCUGUUUUGAUCGACUUCGGAUCCUGCCAGCCUUUUGGGUACAAUUUGGAUUCUUUGGGUACUGUUGGCUGGUAUGAGAAGCCUUUUUUCACAUCUGAAAAGGAGCAUGAUAUUUAUGGGUUGAAAAAGCUGCGAGAGUGGAUCAAGAACCCAGGGAGAGAGAGACUACCUUAUUAG